AUGUCUUCAGAUAUCCAGAGACUCGCAAAGAAGCACCCCAUUCUCAAGCCAUGGGAUAUUGAGACCAUUGUCAACAUUUUCGACUCGCUUGAACUUGAUGCCAACCGUGGUCUUGACCAGCGUCAUCUGGUCACAGCAGUGCAGAAGAUUGAGCCCGAGCGCCAGUACGACGACAUUCGCGCGGCUCUAAAGAAGGUCGAGGUCAGUCGUGCGGGCAUGGUCGAGCUCGACGAGUUUGUCGAGGUGACACUAGCGUUCGAGGGUAUCACCAGCGACCGGGCCUACGAGCGGCGCACAAUCUUGCAAUCCCGCCAAAACGCCAGCUCUGCGCAUACGAUCAACGAGGAUGAGCGCGAGGAGUUCACGAACCACAUUAACUUUGCACUCGCCGGGGACAAGGACAUUGGCUACCGCCUUCCAAUUGACCCCCACACGAUGCAGAUAUUCGACGAGGCCCGCGACGGCCUGAUUCUCUCCAAGCUGAUCAACUACUCGACACCCGAUACUAUCGACGAGCGUGUUUUGAACCGUGGGCGUAAGCUGUCGCCGUUCCAGGUUACAGAGAAUAACAAUGUGGUUAUCAAUUCGGCCAAGGCCAUUGGCUGCUCGGUGGUUAACAUUGGGUCGCAGGAUUUGGCCGAGGGCCGUGAGCAUUUGCUCUUGGGUCUGAUCUGGCAGAUCAUCAAGAUUGGUUUGUUCGCCAAUAUUGAUAUUAAGCUGCACCCCGAGCUGUACCGGCUCUUGUUGGACGGCGAGACGCUUGAGGAUUUUUUGAAGCUGCCUGCGGAUGCCAUUCUGCUGCGCUGGUUCAACUACCAUUUGGCUGCGGCUGGCUGGCACCGGCGGGUGUCGAACUUUAGCGGGGACAUCAAGGACAGUGAGAACUACGCUGUGCUUUUGAACCAGCUGGUGCCCAGCCAGUGCUCGCGCGACGCCCUGCAUGAGCGCGACCUGACGGAGCGCGCCGAGAUGGUGCUGCAGAAUGCCGAUCGGAUCGGGUGCCGGCGCUAUGUUUCGCCCAAGACCAUUGUCAAUGGUAACCCGAAGCUCAACUUGGCGUUUGUCGCGCACCUGUUCAACACGCACCCGUGCCUGGCUCCCCUGGAGCAGGACUCUGGGGACCACGCGGAGCUCGACGAGUUCCUGUUCCACGACCAGUACGACCGCGAGGCACGUGCAUUUGCGCUGUGGCUCAACAGCCUGAACGUCGACCCCUUUGUCAACUACCUGUUCGAGGACCUUAAGGAUGGGCUGGUGCUUUUGCAAGCCUUUGACAAGAUUUUCCCGGGCUCGGUUAACUGGAAGCGCGUCAACACCAGGGUUCCCCUGAUGCGGUUCAAGCAGAUUGAGAACACCAAUAUGGUCGUGGACUUGGGCAAGGCGCACCGGUUUUCGCUUGUGGGUAUCCAGGGUGCGGACAUCACCGAUGGUGUGCCGAUGCUGGUGCUGGCUAUUGUCUGGCAGCUGAUGCGCGCCAACAUUAUCCAGACGCUGGCCAGCCUAUCGACGCACGGCCGCGAGAUCACCGAUGGGGAUAUGGUCAAGUGGGCGAACCAAGUGGUUGCCUCGAGCGGCGGCCGCGCGUCGCCUAUUAGGUCGUUCAACGACUCGAAGCUUUCGUCUGGCCAUUUCUUGCUCGACGUGCUCAACGGCAUGAAGCCUGGUAUUGUCGACCCACAGCUAGUCACUGCCGGCCAUUCGGACGAUGACAUGAAGAUGAACGCAAAGUACGCUAUUUCGAUUGCGCGCAAGCUUGGCGCCACCAUCUUUUUGCUGCCCGAGGAUAUUGUCGAGGUUAAGCCAAAGAUGAUUUUGACAUUUAUCGGAUCGCUGAUGGCAAUCAAGCACUAG